AUGGCCGCCACAAAACGAAAAGAAGCACCAUCAGCAGCUGCCAAGGACGUGAAGAAGCAAAAGACAGUGCAAAACAAGAAAAGCAGACUCGACGCAGCAGCAGCAGAAGACGAAGAAAUUGGUGGGUUCUCCGAUGGCGAGGAUAAUGCAGUAAGAGCGCCGCCAGCGAAAAUCAACGGCAGUAGCAACAACAAUGAUUCGAAGAACUUCAAGCUGGAGACAUCAUCAGCUGAAGCGCAUGCGAAGCAGAGACAACUGGCCAAGGAACGGAAAGCUGCCAAGCCCAACGCAGAUGUCAUCGCCCGGAGCAAGAAGAUCUGGGAACGUCUCAGACGGAAGAGCCAUGUUCCACUUGAGGAACGCAAGCAGCUUACCGCUGAGUUGUUCGAGAUCAUCACUGGACGAGUGCGGGAAUUCGUGUUCAAGCACGACAGUGUGCGAGUUAUACAGACAGCACUGAAGUACGCCGAUCGCACACAGCGAAGGAUCAUCGUGGAGGAGCUGAAGGGUGAUGUGCGAGAGCUGGUAGAGAGUCGGUACGGCAAAUUCUUGGUUGCAAAGAUGGUGGUGGAAGGUGACCAGCAGGUCCGAAACACUAUCGUACCGCAAUUCUAUAGCGGUGUGAAGAAGUUGAUCAACCAUCCCGAGGCUGGUUGGAUUGUGGACGAUAUAUAUCGUCAGAUUGCGACCCCGCAACAGAAAGCUGUCAUGCUACGGGAGUGGUAUGGACAAGAAUUUGCACUCGCCAAUCGCAACGUCCAGGCCGAGGAUGCAGAGAAGGAGUCGGCGGAUUUGAAAGCGAUACUGGAGAAGGCGCCUGAGAAGCGACGACCCAUCCUUGAGCAUCUUCUGCAGAUGAUCAACUCGCUUAUACAAAAGAAGAUGACAGGCUUCACCAUGGUCCACGAUGCCAUGCUGCAGUACUUUUUAGCAUUAUCUCCUGGCACAGAAGAGUUCACGGACUUCCUGGAGCUCCUCAAGGCCGACAUAGAGACGAAGGCGGAGGCGAAGGACAGUACAGAUGCAGCUGGUGGCGGCGAUCUUUACCGCAAUCUAGCGUUCACGAAGAGCGGCAGCAGAUUAGUGUGCCUAGCUCUUGCAUACGGCAGUGCAAAGGACCGCAAAGUCAUCUUGAGGUGCUACAAAGACAACGUCGAGCUCAUGUCAUUGGAUCAAUACGCCAAGAUGGUGCUGAUCACAGGUCUCGAUGUACCCGACGAUGUCAAGAUGAGCGGCAAAGCUAUCUUAUCUGAGCUGCUUGGCCAGAGCGUAGAAGGCGAGGAAGCACGACUGAACAGGUUGGAGGAAGUGUCGACCAACCUGAUCUCUCGCGUACCAUUACUUUACCCACUCGCAGGUGAUGCGAAAUGGUUGAUGAACGACCAGGACAAAGCCCUGCUCACAGAAAUCCACGAGAUACGAAAGAUCACGUCGAAGAAAGAUCCAGAUCUGCGACGGAAAGGGUUGAUGGAGUAUCUUGCUCCUCCCAUGCUCGAGUUCGUGGCGAAGAGAUGUGGGAAUUUGGUGAAGACGAGUUUUGGAUGCCAAGUCAUAACCGAGACACUUCUAGAAGCCAGUAGCGACUCAGCUACAACGCAAAAAGAAGAUGCCAAGACCGCUGUGGCGCAGCUUGCACAAGGCAAUCCAUUGGACGCUGAGCACGUCGCCGCGAACGCGGCAGCUGGUCGCAUGCUGAAGACGCUUGUGCUUGGUGGUGCAUUUAAUCCAGAGACCAAGACGACGAAGCUUGCGGAGGGUGAACUAGGUUUCGCCGAUGCGCUAUUCCCUGUCAUCUCUGACACUUUGGUUGACUGGGCAUGCUCGCCGAGCUCAUUCGUCGUCGUGGCUUUGCUCGAGAGCGAAGAUGUAUCAGAUGACACAAAGAGUCAGGUACGCAAUGCGCUGGAGCAGGGCAAGAAGAGCAUUGAGAAAGCAGCCAAAGGAGCCGACGUCGCGAAAGCCGAUGCUGGAUCUGAUGGUGAGAAGAGUAAGAAAAAGAAAGCGGAGGGAGGGAAGGGCAACGCUGGUGCAAAGAUUCUGUUGGUGAAGCUAAAAGCUUAG